AUGGCUCAACUCCGGUCCGACAUGGCCGCAACCGCGCAGCCCCAGACAGCAUCGCCCUUCUUCGAUAAGCUCCCCUUUGAGAUCCGCGAGAAGAUCUUCGACGAGCUGUGGGCAUUCCACGAUACCAGAUGGCAUGUUCACUCAGCCGGAGAGCAUGUGGUACCGGUGUUCCCCUGCAUCACCGACGCGCACGAGGAGGACACGAGAUACGCCCACUUCCAGUCUUCGCGCGGUGUAGAGGCCCUCACCUGGGAGUCAAGGCUGCGGUCACCAUGGAACACACACUGGAGAUGCGCCGAGGCAGCUGCUGUCAGGGCAACGAACCCCAGGACGGGACGGACAGCUUCACCGAGGGACUAUGUCCGACGGCGGCCUAGAUUCGCGUCGCCCUCCUCGCCCCUCUUGGUUUGCAAACGAUGGUACGUUGAGAGCAUCGGGCCCCUCGAGAACGCCCUGACCUUCUGCUUCACCGAUAUCAUCGUGGCCAGAGACUUCCUCGCCGUGAACACACCCACCCGGAACGUCCGCAACAUCGAGAUCAGCCUCCGCGUGAAACCCCUGAUAUCCGAGCUCUACUUCCCCGGCCCGGACGGCGAGCCUCAGCCACACAUCGCAGGCGUCCCAGUCACCGCAAAGGACAACCCGUGGGAGGAUCUCAGCCGCCGCUUGUCGGCCCUGCCCAAACUCCGCGAGCUCCACGUCUACCUCGACUCCGAGGACCUCCGCCCCUGGCACAAGCGCGUCAACGAGCGGAGCUUCCUCAAGCAGCUCCUCCAGGCCAAGGCCCGGAAUUUCGUCCUCUACUUGCCCAGCAUCCCACGCGAGGCACCGCUGCAGGGCCUGCCGGGCACCUACCUCGCGGACGGCAUGCUCGACGGGGCGCGCUGCACCGUCGUGAGGGGCCCGAGGCCCAACAACUGGCAACUGCAUCUCUCCAGGGUCAGUCAAGUGCACCUCCUCCGCCGCCACUGA